UGUUUCUGAAAAAAAAGAAAACGGAACGGCUUUCGGCUAAAAUAUUUAAAAAUUCAAAUAAAUUAAAAUAAAAUUUCAAAUUGUGAAUAAAAAUUAGCCGAAUGUUUUGGGAAAAAAAGGUUAACUUUUAAAAUAGGCAAAGACAAAACGUCUCAGAAAGCCAUUAACGAAAAUUGUCGUGCGUGGGUAGUUCAACAAACUGCAAACUUCAAUUUGGGAUUAGAAAACUGUUUUCUUUGUUUUCAAUUACAUACCUUCAAUUGGCAUUUGCACUGCACAACAAGACAAACCAAGACAAUGGCCAAAGUAAUUUCGCAAGAAACUUUCGAUGAUGUCGUCAAAGAGAAUAUCAUUGAGUUUGCCAUGGAACCGGCAGAAGCUAAACUGGAAACUGUUAAACAAUUUGAGGCACAGGGCAUUAAUUUGGCCAAUAUUAUCAAAGAUUUGGACAUAAAUGCUGAGACUGGAAAACCAAUACUCAAUGAGGCAAUAGAUAAUCUGAAAUUGUAUUUGGAAGAAAAAUCGGCAGACAAGGAAAAAUUACUCGAUAUACUUAAGGUGAUUGAAGCUGAAUGCCAGAAAUCUAUACCGCAUCGUGUAUUGGCAUCGAAAUACGAAGCCCACACCUGUAUUCUCAAAGUAGUUGCUCAACAGUUGGAGAGACCAGACACCACAGCAGAUACGGAUAUUUUAGAAGGAUCUUUGAAAACUCUCAUAAGCCUUUAUCAUACACAGCCAGAUAUAUUUGAUGCUGAGGCUUUAACAUAUACCAAGGCCCUGCUGGAUUUGUUUGUGGAAAAAGAAAAUGUGGCUUCCCUUACUCUGCAAUGGUUGCAGAAAUGCUGCAUCAUGCACGAAAUAAAUCGCCAGAACAUAAUGAAAGCCAGCAUUACACAGCAUCUGAAACCCUACAUUUUCAAGGAAAAUGCCAAGGUGUUGCGUGAUGUUUUGGCUGUAUUGCGUUUUCUCGUCCUGGACGAUGACAUACGUGUGGAAUUCGGUUGUGCUCAUGAGCAUGCACGUCAAUUGGCUACUGAGUUUAUAGUUGUCUUAACACACCUCUUAGAUGAAUUUGAUGAUGCCAAUAUAUUGGCCGACCUAAUGCUGACUAUUGGCUCCUUGGCGGUACGUCAAGAGUUUUGUGUUACCGUCGAUGAGGCGGGUUGCAUUAAAUUGGUUUUAAAAGUAAUGAGCGAUAAUAUAAACUCUGUUCGCCUGAAUCGCGAAGCCUUGAAACUAUUACGUGCCUUAGCUGGACACGAUGCCGUCAAGAGUCACAUUGUGCAAGGUGGUGUGGCGCCCAUACUCAAAGAAGUUCUUCAUACACAUAUGGCCAAUGACGCAGUUGUUAGCGCUGCCUUAGCUUGUAUCUCCACACUUACGCUGCGUGUCAAAGACAAUAGUAAAACUUUGUUUGACACCGGCAUAGCGGAGACUAUUGUAGAAUCCAUACGCAGGCAUCCAAAAAGUAAAAUUGUUCAGCGCAACGGGGCCUGGGCUAUACGAAAUAUGGUCUCUCGUUCAAGAGAACAAUGCGAUACUUGGCUUUCAUAUGGUGUCGAAGAUGUUCUUAAUACUGCCUUGGCCGACCAUCCUUCGGUGACGACUGACAUUAAAGCUGCCUUACGUGAUCUGGGCUGCAAGGUGGAGUUAAAAGAAGAAUGGACAGGCACUGCCGAAAAGAAAAUCCUAAAAUAAAACAAUAACUAAAACAUUCUGCAAAAAAAGACUAACCUUAUCCUAAGAAAAUGAGAUUUUUGCAACACAACUACUCCGAAUCUUUUGCACGACUUUUUGGAAUACAAGCAUUGUUGAAUAAAUUUGGCUAACUUUUUUUUUAUUUUUA